UGACAAGGCGUAGUAGUGUGCGCAUUAACAUUAAAACAAUGUGGCAUGGAAAUGAUAAUUCUUGUCAUGUUGUCUUUGAAAGUUAUCGGGAUUUCGUAGUAUGUACUUCUCGGAGGAUAUCUACAGAUGACGGACUAUUUGUGUAGCAAUCUUCCACCUAGAAAUAUUAGAUCAUCUUUGAAUCAGUUGAGAUGACAAAACACCUUAUAAAACAUGAAAUAUCCAUAACGAAAGAAAUCUCAUUCUGCAGACGACUCGUCUUCACACCCAAGUUUUAUCUAGCUCUCCUAGUCUCCCAAGUUGUGAUUCUGGCCGUUUUCGUGUAUCCGCGGAAUUUCCAGAACUACGACCCUCUGCUGGUCAUUACGGACCAGAGAUUUCAAGAGGAACUCUUCAACAGAACGACGGAAAAUUGUUCCAUUUGGAAUUCGACAGAACUCGAACCCGAUACAAAAUGUCCCAUAAUUUCACCGUAUCUAGUGGGUUACAGAAAGCCAAUUAUUAGUACUGCCAUAAACUGGGGGGAUACUCUGGAAAAAUACCAAACAGUUCGAUGUGGAGGACACUUCCGGCCGUCAAACUGCAAAGCUCGCCAGAAGGUGGCGCUACUCAUUCCCUUCAGAGACAGAUACGCACAUCUGAAAAUAUUCAUGAACCAUAUCCAUCCAUUUUUGAUGAGACAGCAACUAGAUUAUGGAAUAUAUCUCAUUGAUUUGGACGACAAAAUAAUGUUUAACAGGGGUCUUCUACUAAAUAUCGGUUUCCUGGAAGCCAGUCAGGAGUAUGACUAUGACUGUUACAUUUUCCAUGACGUGGACCUUCUGCCAGAAAACGACUACAAUCUGUACCGAUGUUCCGACCUGCCUCGACAUAUGUCGGUAGCCAUCGACAAAUUUAACUAUAAACUUCCCUAUGAUGCAAUAUUUGGAGGCGUGUCAGCCAUGACUAAAGACCAAAUAUAUUUUGUCAACGGAUUCUCCAACAAGUUCAGUGGUUGGGGCGGGGAGGAUGAUGACAUGUACAACAGACUGAAGUUUCAUCAUAUGACGGUUAUGAGAAGCAUGGAAGAUGUCUCAAGAUACAAAAUGCUGAAGCAUGAACAGAGUGCUCCCAACCCCAAAAGAUAAUUUGCAAACAUAGGCGACCUGGUACAGAGGAUGGGUGAUUAGGCCCUAUAUGAUGAGAAAACAUGGUUUACAGGCUUUCACGGAUUUCAUGUGACAUCUUAGAACGACGUGAAAUUGUGUAGACAAGAUUCACAAUUUUUGAGAUACAUGUCAUCACGCUUGCAUUCUAUUUCGACCAAAAUUUUCAAGUUGCACAUCUUUGGUUUAAUUUUUAAUUAGUUUUCUAUAUAUACGCGCUACCUAUAGGAAGAGCUCUGCUCUCACGAUCCUUCGUGAUUAUGGGAGCACCUUAAACUACAUCCCAUAGUGUAAAAUAAUCAUUUUACUUAAAAACACAUGAAUUCAGUUUUCAUUGUCAUCAUUUGGGGGGAGGGGGUCUUAGUUAAUAACCAGUGUCGUUAAUGUCAAUAUAAUUCCAAUGUUAUUUAUUACCAUUUUUUAUCCUUAAACCAAAACAAAGCUGAACGAGAGUUUCCACAUCAAUAAUCCGAAAACGCGAUGUUUUAAUACGCACCUGAAAGCAAAUUAUGUAGAGUGAGGAAACUAUUAAUUUUUUUUGCAAUUGUUGAUACAGUGAAUGAAUUGCAGUUAUAAAAAUCAAACAUUCUUUUUGAAAAAUUUAUCGAUGUGUAAACUCUAAAAAUUUUACUCACAAACUCAGCAUAUAAGUGUUUUGUACUUUUAUUCAGUUUGUGAAUAAAAUGUCCGGAGUUUACACAUCGAUAAAUUCUUCGAAAAUAAUGUUUGAUCCUAUAAUAAAUAAUGACUAGCGGUUUCCUUUUGUGGGGGUGGGGGUUAGGAUGAAAUAAAUGGACUCCAACGCGGUACAUUCUAUAAAUAAAAUUUCAUUGGCAUUUUUAAUGAAUUUAUUCUUUUAGAUAAUCACGUGAUUAAGUAAAAUGGAUAAAAUAUUAUAUUUGAAAAAUAAAUCAAGGUGGGACAGGUACAGUUCUUCGUUAUAUACACAUAUAAACAACAGUGGCAACAUUCGGAUAUAUGUAAAACAUUUCAGGUGAAAACUAUGAUUAGGUUAUUUUUCCUGACUUUUAUUUCUAUCUAUUCCAGAUUUAAUCUGAUUAGUACGGGGAUGAAAAGAGUGAAAGAAGACGGCGUAAAAGACCUCCGAUAUGAAGUUUUAAAAAAGAUAUAUUAUCCAUUGUAUACAUAUAUAAAGAUAACUAUUUGA